AUGGUUUCUCGAGUCGUCGCCACGAUAUGUCGCUCCGACUUGAGUGACCGUUUGGACCCUGCUCAUGCGACAACCACAGAGUUUGAGUACCUCGCCUCUUAUAGUUGGCUGGAGAGCGAAGUACCUACCAUUUUAGUACCUGGCUGGGCACCUCUUUGGUCUCCGCCGGCGGGACCACUAAAACUGGAACCCGACUCCGGACGAGUGUACAUUGACCAAAAUGCGGCGCGAAGCCCGGAUGCGCCUCUCGAGCCCUUGUUUGGUGCACUAUCCGCUCAGAAGCCUAAUUUCAAGAUGGGAAGUGUCGACGUGAUCACGGAUCGGAACAAUAUCAGAAAACUUCUCCGCUUCCUCGGUGGAACUUCUAGCGAAUCCUUUCAGAUACGAGUCGAAAUUGUCGAGGGUAAGAGAGCGUUGUUUACGCGCAUGGAGAAUGAGACCACCACUGUCGUUCGGGGCUUCCAAGGUUACGGUCGGAACUUCGAGAAGGCGUGCACAAAGAGCGCGACCAGAACCUCUGGAUAUUACAGAAUCACCAGCUUUCGCUUCUGUGGCUUGCAAUGCGUGGUCAGACACGAAACUGAUGGGUAUAUUGAUGACGGAUUAGGGCGGGCCGCGGUCCAUAAGCAGGCAGACAUGACUGACUCACUGCCGCAGUUACUCGAAACUCUGCAGCUCGCAGAUUCUGUUUCCGCAUCGAAACAUACAGCCCAUAUUACAGUUCAAAAAGAGGGGAAAGAAGUAGACCUUUCUUCCAUCGUGGAGGCCAAGACUCGAGCUGCUAGUAAGAGCCUGGACAUGGACGAGACUGCAGCUCAGCUUUGGCUAUCACAGACUGCCCACCUAGCGAUCGGCUAUCAUAAGAAUGGCCUUUUCAACGAUGUCCAGAUCCGAGAUAUGACCCAGAAUGUCCGAGAUUGGGAAAAGAGCAACAAAAAAGUACUUUGUAGUCUGGGCUAUCUGUUGAAUGAGAUUAUCGAAGUAGUGAAAAAUAGUGCCAGUCAAGUCGCAGUUGUCAGGUACGACGGUGGAAUGAAGUUGGAGGUCAUUGCUGGUGAACAGGAGAAGGCUCCGUCAGAAGGUGUAGACGCAAACUGGCAGGGUGAAAAACAGGGAAUCGAAGACAGGACCCUGAUGGCAGAGAAGGGAGAUCAGUACAAGACGCCGGCCCAAACAAACACUCCAUCGUGCGUGAUGACACCAAUCACAGUUGGAAAGGUGCGGUAUGAGAUCGAUAUCUCUCGAAUCCCGCGCUUAGCAUCCCUGGUCCUUACUAGCAAUCCGAACUUAUCUCAGUCCACGGAGAUAAUCCACGAGGCCAUUCCUCUUUUUGACGUCGCCUUCAAAGGGAUCGAAUCGGGCUACCGGCAGUGUUUUCGAUUGAUGUCUACUGACAUUACUUCAUACCGCACCCUUUGUGAUACAUAUGACUUUCUUCAUGUCGACGUCUGUCAAGGACGGACGCUCAGUGAAAUCAUUAAAGAUUUAAAAGCUGGGCAAGGUUACGAUGAAGAUCGCGAUAAAUCGAAAGCUCGAGACGCUGCCUUCAAACUUGCCUAUUUCAUCCAACAAGACAUGUUUCAGAGCAUUGAAAAGCACAAGAAUGCCAUCUUUAAUGCCGUCCUGUUCGUCGUUUCUCAUCAUGGAACCUUCAAAUGGAAGACGAGGAAUGCUGUACGAGCAGUGUACGAGAGCAAGUUGACGUUAUCAGUAAAGCAGAGUGCGAACCUUGACCAAUGGCACAAGCUCGAUUACGGCGAACAGGCUGACACGCACGAAGUCGAUGGGACGACGGAGGAGGAAACUUCGGAUUGGUACGACUCCGACUGUUCUGAUUUCUGGUAG